AUGAUGCAAGCUAUUUACUUCCUCCUCCAAAUGAAGAAGAUAUCAAAGCAAUCAGCAAUUUUCAGGCAUCAUUUCCAGUUCAAAUAUUGGACUACAGCUUGUGCGAAUUGUCACAAAAUUGUGAAUGCUGACAUUGACUGGAUCAUCCACUGUCCUUCAUGCAAACAGCAAACUGAAGUUGAACUCAGGGCUCGCAUUCCAAUUAUUAUAACUGAUGCUUCGAGCUCAAUACACUGCAUUAUAUCUGGAGAAGAUGCUGGAAAAUUGAUUGAGUUCACUCCAUUGCAGCUUAAACAAGCACAAGAAGAUGGCUUUCAAAUAGAUACUGAACUUAAUGAUGCUUUGAAAAAGUACACAGUGGUCUGUUUUCUGAAAUCCUAUGAGACUCCUUUCCAAGGUCAACUGCAGAGAAAGAAUACUGUCAUCAAAGCUUAUACUGCAGCUGAACUAUCAGACCGUCCCCUUCCUCUAGAACUUCCAGAAAACACUCAAGUUUUUUCUGAACUUGGCAGUUCAUCAGCAAGGCAUGCAGAAACAUCAUCAAAAGAUCAAUUGUUCACACCAAGCACAAAGUUGGUACUUGAAGAAAUUGCUGGAGCCAGUUCUUACAAAGACAGCCAGACAUCUGCAACCAGUGGAGCAAAAAGAAGCCUUGAAUUUCCAGAAGAUUUACCAGCAGACACAGAUCCUAAACAACCAACAAAGGCUGCUGAAGAGUUUGCCAAAGAACCUGCAAAAUCGUAUGGUCCACCUGCAAAUAUCAAAGACAUCAGUAACAAGGACUUGUCUAUAAUCAGCUUCAAUUCAUCUUUGCAACAAGACAAUGUAAUCUUGCGAUUAAACCUUGGUUUUGAUGGAAAUUUAGUCUUGUAUUCUCAUUCCCUGAAUACAACCAACAAAUCAACAACUGUGGUGUGGCAAGCAAUUGAUGAUUUGUGUGAUGUGAGCAGUUUUUGUGGUGUCAACGCCUAUUGCACCAGGUCCAACAAUCAAUCCCAUUGCAAUUGUCUACCAGGUACCGAGAAGGUAGCAGAUUUCCCCAGUGGCUGUCAAAGGAACUCCACUGGAGCAGUGUGCAUUGGGGGGAAAGAAUACGGUGACAUUUACGACUUUACAGCUCUGAAAGAUCUCAGGUUCAAAGAUGUCCCUUACUUUGCAAAGAUGUUAGGGAAAGAAGAAUGCCUUCAAUCUUGCUUGGAGGACUGUGAUUGUGAUGCGGCAUUUUUUGACGAGUCACAGGACUUAUGUCAGAAAUAUGCUCUUCCAUUAAGCUACAGUAGGAUUGAUAGUAUUAAUACUAAUGUCUCAAUCUCAGCUUUUUUCAAAGUGAAGAAAAUCAAUGGAGGAGCAAGAGAUGGAUAUGUUAAACCCCCGUGGACGCUGAUUCUUGGCUUAAGUUUAGGAUCUUUUGCCUAUUCAAGCGCUGCUCUUGCCCUCUCUGGCAUUUUCAUAUUCAAAUUCCGCCUUAUGAAGUACAAGAAGCUUUUGGACACAGGAAGAACUGGCUUGACUAAGGAAUUCACCAUUGGAGUAUUCACUUAUAAUGAGCUGAAGAGGGCAACUAACGGCUUUAAGAAAGAGAAAGAGUUAGGAAAGGGCUCUUUUGGGGCAGUCUAUAAAGGAACUUUUGACAAUAGAAGCUUUGUGGCAGUAAAAAGAUUGGAGAAGGUAGUUGAGGAGGGCGAGAGGGAGUUCAAAGCAGAAAUGAGGGUGAUUGGCAGAGCUCGUCACAAAAAUUUGGUUCGUUUGCUUGGCUUCUGCGCCGAGGGCUCCAAGAGGCUUUUGGUAUACGAAUACAUGAGCCAUGGUUCCCUCGCAGAUCUUCUCUUCCGGACAAAGGGGCGCCUAGACUGGAAUGAGAGAGUCAGGAUAGCACUUGACGUUGCAAGAGGGAUCUGCUAUCUCCACCAGGGAUGUGAAGCUCCUAUAAUACAUUGUGACAUAAAGCCUCAGAACAUUUUGCUUGAUGAAUCCUGGACAGCUAAAAUCAGUGACUUCGGCUUGGCUAAGUUGCUCCAACCGGAUCAAACAAGAACCUUCACAGGAGAAAGGGGAACAUUGGGAUACAUGGCACCAGAAUGGAAGACAAAAACUGCCAUCACUCUGAAGGUUGAUAUCUAUAGUUAUGGGAUUGUUUUGCUGGAAAUUAUAUGCCGCAGAAGACACAUUCAAGUCAAUUUAUCACGACCAGAAGAAACUCACCUACCAUCCUGGGCUUAUAACUGCUUUGCAGCCAGGGAGCUGGACAAACUUAUGGAUGAUGAUUCUACGGAUAAGAAUGCAUUCGAGAGAAUGGUCCUGGUGGCACUAUGGUGUAUUCAAGAUGAACCAGCUCUUCGCCCAUCAUUGAAGAAUAUUAUCUCAAUGUUGGAAGGGAUAACUGAUGUGAGUAUUCCCCCAUGUCCAAUGUCUUAACAGCUUGUAAAGUCCAGAUCAAAAUUUAAUCGACAACAUCCCGGUCAGAAUCCUUUUUCUCAAUGUUUUGGUGAAUUGGCUUGAUGAAAUUCCUACUGUGUUGUCCUCCUUUAUCAGUUCCCUGCGGUAGCUAUUAUUGUUUCCACAAAUUUGUGAAGACGUGUAUGUAAGGCAAGUAUAACUUGUUUACUUCAGUUUUUUGCUCAUAUUGUGAUUGUUUACACACUUGUUGGCAG